CAAGUCGCCGAAACAGACAUAAGCUGUCUUUGCUUCCAAGAAGUAACAAGCUAUCCUCAAUCAAUCACCAUGUUCAAGCUGGCUGUCUUCGCUGCCAUCCUGGCUGUCGCCGUCGCUUAUCCCGGUGGUCUCACCGGCGUAGCCAUCAGCCAUGGUCUCGGCCCGAUCGUCGCUCCCGCGGUCGUUGCUCAUGCCCCAGCGAUCUCCCACGGUGCCGUUGUCGUUGCCCAGCCAAUUGCUCCUGUUGUCCAUACUCCCGCUGUUGUCACCAAGACCGUCCUGACUGGCCACGGUCUCGCUCUGCACGGUUAAUCUAGGAGAGCCAAGCGUAAACUCACUACCACCACCACCGAGUCACGACGACGCAGCCCUGGAAGAAAAAAACAACAUCCCCUGUUCCCUCCGUAAAUCAACCUCGUAAUGUGAAGGGAAGACGACAAAUUUAGCACGCAAUUCUCAUCGCCGAUUUCGACUCUUCACCUUAUCGCCGUUCUCCGCGCGUGAACCAUCAGGCCCAACG